AUGGACCAGAGGACAGCGGAACCGGACCGCAACUACAGCAUCAGCCCGGUUUCGCUGUACGGGGAAUUCACCCUCACGGGUAACCCAAAAGUCCGCUGCGCCGUGAGCUUGACCGAGAGGGACCUGAUCGUUCAGAGGCUCACCUCGGCACCUGCCGGCCGGAGCAAGGUGGCGCUCAGCCUGAAGGACUGCGUCGGAUGCCGGGCUUACCGGGCGGACGACAACGCGGACCCGGCUGCGUACCUAGCGGUCUACUUCUACCCGCUCACGCGGCGCUGGAUGAGUCCCGGGAGGUCGCGGCACAGAGCGGAGCACAGCUUUCGCGUGGCCGCGCUGCAGGACCCGCGCGCCAACCUGGAGGAGGCUGAGAAGUGGGCUCGCGCCGUCCGAGAGCGCGCAGCGCGGCCACAGUCCCCGAGGAGCGACGGGGGGGCGUUGAGCGUGUUGUCCCGUCCGAGCCGGAUGAUGCUGCUAGUGAACCCUCAGAGCGGCAAAGGACAGGCGCUCACUCUCUACAACAACCACAUCCAGCCAAUGCUGAACGAGGCGGGAGUCACACACACUCUGGUCAUCACCGAGCGGCAGAACCAUGCAAGAGAGCUGGUGAAGGAGGCCGACAUGUCGCAGUGGGACGCUUUAGUCAUCAUGUCUGGAGAUGGACUUCUCUUUGAGGUGAUUAAUGGUCUGCUGGAGAGAGCAGACUGGGAGGAGGCCAUCCGGACCCCGAUGGGAAUUCUACCUGGUGGAUCGGGCAACGGAUUGGCUGCGUCCGUACAUCACUAUUCUGGAGCCUCGCUGGUGUCCACCGAGGAGCUGCUGGUCAGCUGCGGGUUCCUGCUGUGCCAAGGGCUCGUGGCCCACAUGGACCUGGUCUCCAUCCAUCUCUGCUCCGGCCUUCGCCUCUUCUCCUUCCUGUCGAUGGCCUGGGGCUUCGUGGCCGACGUGGACAUCGAAAGCGAGAAGUACCGACACGUCGGAGCCGCCCGGUUCACCGUGGGCACGCUGGUGAGGUUGGCUUCUCUCCGCGUCUACCGGGGCCGGCUGGCCUACCUGCCCGCCCCCGAGGACGACCACAGCGAGGUCGAGGGGUCGCGCAACGACGUGACGCUGCGUUGCAACGGCCAGGCCUCCUCCCUGGAUCCGUCCAGAGACUCGCCCCGCCCGAAGACCUUCCACAACUCCUGCCACUCCAACAACUCCUGCAAGGCGAGGGGGAGGAGGGAGAGCGCGCCUUGUCGAAGCGCCUCCGGAGCCCUCGCCGGCCCGCCGGACUCACUGCUGCCGCCUCUGGACCAGCCGCUGCCCGGCGACUGGGUGGUGGUGCAGGAGGAAGACUUUGUCCUCAUGCUGGCCAUGUACCAGUCCCACCUGGCGGAGGACCUGCUGGCGGCGCCGGACGCCACCCCGGACGACGGGGUCAUCCACCUUUUCUACGUCAGGGCGGGAAUAUCCCGCGCCGCGCUGCUGAAGCUGUUCCUGGCCAUGGAGAAGGGGGCACACGUGGGUGCCAACUGUCGGCACAUGGUGCACGCCAAGGUGCGGGCGCUCAGGCUGGAGCCGCUCUCCCCCAAAGGGGUAAUAACAGUGGAUGGAGAAGUGGUGGAGUACGGGCCGGUGCAGGCGGAGGUGCACAGGGGCCUGGGGAGGUUGAUCACCGGAUGAACAAACGUCCCCAGCAGCUUCCGGCGCCGCCGCGAGAGGCACAGCGAUCCCGGGGGAGGGUUUCAAAUGAGAGCCGGCCUGCUGCGCUCAUCCGCACACGGACCGGCCGGGUCUCAGAGAAGCGCUGUUAAUGGAGACCCAAGGUGUCGGGUAUUAAAUCUAGUAAAGCAUUCCUAAAUGAAUAGUCCUAUUCAUCAGACAAACAUGAAAUUGUGUUUCAAUACCUUCAAUUGUUCUUUCUCAUUGCAUCUUUUCAAGCUACUUUCUAACCGCCGUUAAAAAAAAGGAAAUUAUGAUAUGAAAGAAAAAGCUACAGGAAUAAAGAAAUUAAAAAACAGGGAUUCACAAUAACACCCUGAGGUUUUAUGCCUCUUUUUAAUUUAAUAUCAAACACUUUGGGACUCCUUAGCCCCGGUGUAGCUUUCUACAUGCAAACAUCACACGUUUCAUCCUCUCAUGACAAAGUGUUAAGAAGUAAAUCCGCCCUCAUCGUCUCUAUCUGCUGACCUACAGACAUGAAUUAUUGCAGGGUGGGAUUUAUGGCUACUCGGCAGUACUGUGGAUAGUGUGCGUGUGUGUGUGUGUGUGUGUGUGAUACAUGUGUAAAUGUGAGGUGUGGAUGUGAUUGUCCGUUUUAACAGAGGUCAUAGUUCAUUGAACACAGAACACAAAGAGCCUAAAACUCUCAAUUAAAGAAACACAGCAUAAAUUUAACUAGUUUUGUUUGUUAUGGGCAAAGACAACAACAACAUUUCUUCAAUACAAAGAAGUUCAUGUGAUCAGCUUUCACAGUCCGGUCUGAGGAUUAUCCAAAGUAACCAGGACAUGAUGUCACCAAACAGAUGUUGCUUCUGGGUUGUUUUUUUUAACAUGGAAUCCUGCCCAAAUAAAACCCAAACUCUCUGCAUGACUACAUGCCACCAGAGGUAAAAGACAAAAUACUUACUGGUGGUUCUUUAUACGUAAUAGUGCUGAAAUGACUUUAACUACAAAUCAGCAUAAACACAGGCUUUGGGGGUUGGUUGGUGAAGACAGCACAUAUUGGUGAGAGGAGGAGGAGGAGGAGAUGGGGGGAGGGGAGAGAUGGAGAGGGGGAGGGCGGGUAUUGACUUUUUAAAUGCUGCAUGCGUUCCGGACAAGGCGCCCUUAUUCUCGCUGCAAGGAGUCAUUUGAGAGCAUUAGCAGACUCCUAAGAAAGAGAGCACGUGGCUCACUUCAUUUCACCCCGACGGGGCACGCAGAUGUGAGUUUUUGGGGACAGACGUGUUCUUGUGUGAAGUGGACGUAGGUUAUAACGUUGCAUCCCAGCCCGUGUCUCCCAACCCUUUUACCCUGUGACCUCUUUGUAUGAAGACAGUGUGUCGACCUGACUGAUGUUACGUUUAGCUGCCAAGACUUUGUUUUAAAUUAAUCGAAAAUAUUUUGUGGCCUCAAGAUGUAAAACUAACACUUUAUCUGAAAAAAUCACAAUAAUCAUUUAUUUUGGUUGUUGGAACCACAGAUCUAAUAUAUGAAUAUCUGUAAUGUUGUUGAUCCUUUCCACUGUCUGACGUGCCUUGGCUGUGCUGCCUCCUGGUGGUUUGAACACGUGGUGCAUUCACUGGUUUCUCCCUCUUGUCUUCUCAACAUUUUAAUGAACUGAUGUAUUUAAAGGACGAGACACAUAAGCAUAUUUGUGGCACAGCGGUGUUUUGACUUGAGAAACUGUUACGGCUGUUGCCGCCUCUUCGAUUACUACUGGUGAGAUGUUGACACAUUCUGCUUCUGACGGCCUUCAUUCUGCCUCAAGUGUGAUUUCAAAUCUAAAUUUGCUGAAGCGUCAGAUGACAAAGGACCUGAUGUUACCUGACUAUUUAUUUGCGGUUUACAACUUUACCUGCUGCCUCGCAACCGUUGUCUUGUGUUUAAAUGUGUAUGGUGAAGGGAAGAGAGUAAUUUCCUUUUUUUUCCUGUCACACAUUAAAUGAUUUAUUCUUUAUUCAGAGAUCUAUUUUUCCAUUAGACAAAUGUCUGUACUUUUUCUAUACUCAAAUGAAACAUUUGGUUGAGGUGUUUUUGAUUGGGGAAAUAUUAAAAUAAAUGAUAAACAACGUGUCUGAC